AAAAAAUUAAUUUGACUAAUAAAAUACAAUUUAAACACACAACUGUUAUCUUGAAGUUCUCUUUCUGUGUCAGUCUGGAGCCUGCAGGGCCACAGAAACGGCCGUGGCGGGCCGGGUUUGGCCCGCGGACCUCAAGUUUUACACAUCUGCCUUAAUGGAAGAAGGAAAACAUUUUCCAAGCUGUUUUAUUUUGUUGAGUGUUUGGGAAACAUGAAUGUAAAAGUCAGAACAGACGACCAAAUAAAAUGUAUUCAUUUCAUCUAAAAACAUAUGCGUCAAACUCGAGGUUUAUUAUUUGUGGAAGCAAUAAAAAAAAAUUCAAGCAUGUUCAAGGUUAAAAUAAAUUUAAUGAGCUGGAAAGUCAUAAAAAUGUUUGGAACAGUAAGAUUUUUGUUUUGAAAAAUAGGAGAGAAAGAUCAGCUGUGGACAGCAUCAGUUUAAAAUUUUUAGUAAUGAGUAAAUAUUUCCUAAACAUAAUGAUCACAUCAUGUUCAGCAGUUUUAAUUUGUUGCAGUUUUAUAUAAUUAUUACACAACGAGCUAGAAAAAAUAUGAGAAACCAAACGUUCAACCUUAAAGCUUCUUUUUGUCAUUUAUUUAUAUUAAUUUGUAGCAAUGAAUAACAAUAAAAACAAGCCAAACAACAUAAGGGGACUAACAUAAAAAAGCAUAAAAAUAAUAAAGAGGAAAUAUCCAAAUCACCAGACUUUUGUACAUGAAGUGACAUUUGAACAAUAGUGUGUUUGGGCCAUUGCAGAUAGAAACAGAGGAAACUCUCCCCCCCAAAAAAAUCCAAUUUCAGAAAAUUUCUAUAGCAAAACAUGAGAAUUUCUGAGUGUGAAAAGUCAAAAGUUUGCUAGAAAAACUUUCUAUCUAAGAAGUCACUAUUGCAGUAAUCAAUUAGAGUAAAGAUAAACGCAUGGAUGAGUCUCUGUAGAUCUUGAUGGCCCAUUAUAAAUGUUCUCCAGAUGAUAGAAGGCCGACUUUGUAACCGUCUUUCUGUGGCUCUGAAGGUUCAGGUCAGAGGUCAGCCUGAUCUCUAGUUUCCCACUGCAAUAACUGAAGCUGAGUGCUGAUUCUAGAUCGUUCCUCUGUAGGUCCAAAGAUAAAAACUUCAAUUUUAUUUGGGUUUGUAAAAAAAAGAAAAUUGUGAAUAACAAACCUACAGUGUAGUCAUCCUUCCACCAAACGUUCCCCUGUGCAGGAAGCAGCCAGGCAGUGGUUGUUGUUCUGCCAUCGUUGUGCUGAUGCCUGGAGGCGUGAUGCUGGGCGUCGCUCUGGCUCUUUAAGUGAAGCUGAAGCUGAUCUGAGCUCAGUUUGCUGUGACUCUGAUCCAACGGCUGCUGGCUCCAGCUGGGAGGCGUUUCCACCGUUAAAACUCUGGAUUCCUUCUUUAUUUGGUGGAAAUGAUUUAAUUUUUUUCACUCUGUUAAUUUUUAUAAACAUGAGUUAGUUUUUCUGAUUAGUUUCUCCAGUAACUCACCUCUAUGGUUGUUUUACAAACUAAAAUUAGGAUGAAAUUAAACUCCUCUCAGGUUUUGUAUUUCACUCUGACUGCCUAUGUGGACUCUGGUUCCCUGAAAUAUUUCUGUUUCUUUGUCAUCCUGUCUCUGUAUGUUCUGAUUAUCAGCUGUAACGUCCUGCUGAUCGUGUUGAUCUGUGUGAACCGGAGCUUACAUGAACCCAUGUUCCUGUUCCUCUGCAGCCUGUUUGUGAAUGAACUGUACGGCAGUUUGGGUUUGUUUCCCUUCCUGCUGGUUCAGAUCCUCUCUGAUGUUCACAUCAUUCCUGCUCCUCUUUGUUUCCUGCAGAUUUUCUGUAUUUAUACAUAUGCAAGUGUAGAGUUUACUAACUUAGCCGUCAUGUCUUAUGACAGAUACGUAGCGAUCUGCUGUCCUCUGCAGUAUAACUCCCUGAUGACUUCACAGAGGAUAGUUUUCCUGCUGUUCAUCAUAUGGCUGCCUCCCUGUCUCGCGGUCGGGGGAACGGCCUUUCUGAGCUCCUCUCUGCAGCUUUGUGGGAACGUCAUCAAUAAGGUUUACUGUAGCAAUCACUCCAUCAUCAAGCUGGCCUGUAACGACCCCACAGCCAAUAACAUCUAUGAACUAAUCAUGACUUUCUUCACAGUCUGUGUUCCUGUUUCUGUUAUCGUCUACACCUACAUGAGGAUCCUUCAGGUGUGUUUCUCUGGGUCCAAACAGACCCGGCAGAAAGCCGUCAGUACCUGCACCCCCCACCUUGCUUCUAUUAUCAACUUCUCCUUCGGUGUUUCCUUUGAAAUAUUGCAGAGCAGAUUUAACAUGAAUACUGUUCCCAGUUUUAUCAGAAUACUUUUAUCUCUGUAUUUUCUGACGUGUCAGCCGGUUUUUAACCCGGUUCUGUACGGCCUGAAUAUGUCCAAAAUACGCAGCAUGUGUAAAAAGCUGGUUCUGAACUCUGUGAGAAAAUGUUCACCAUGAAGAAGGUUUUUAUUUUGGUUUCUGGUUAAAUUAAUACUUAAUAAAAUUCACUAUUUGACUCCAAAAGGGAUUUAAAUUAUUUAUUCACACAAUAAAAAGAAUCAUAAUUCCUAUUGCAAUUAUUUACAAAGAAAUACUGAGGUUAACCUUUGACCUUUUGAAAUAAAUGUACAAUCCUGUAUGGUAAAUAGUUUCUAACUGUGUCCUAUCCUGAGAAAUAAUGAACAUAAAACGUGCAGGUGUUUGACUUUCGGUGCAGAAUAUAUUCAACUUAAAUUAAUCAAUUUAAUGUCAAAUUGUCCAUGAAAAAUGACAAAAUUAUUAAUAAACACACAAACAAAACCAUUAUUUUUUC